AUCCGAUACGGACCGAGUCAGUGUCACUUCAUAGAUCCAUUUCCCCGGGAAUAGCUCGUCGAUCAUACGGGGUAGCGUCCCGCCGCCGCGACUGCUCCAUCUCGGUCCGACAACCGACAUCUCUCCAUACAAAAGAGCAGCGGGGAAAGCUCAAAGAGGGCAAGCCACGAAGCAGGAACUCAACCAUGGAUACCCCAGAUAGCAGCUCUGCCCAUUCGGUGUGUGCGGAUACGCGGUAUAAGAGACCGCGGUCCAGUAUAGCCUGCAGGCUUUGUCGCUCGCGCAAAGUCCGCUGCGACGCCGCCGUGUCUGGGUCGCCGUGUACGAACUGCAGCCUCGAUCAGGUUCCCUGUGAGAUUGUUCCUGGCAGACGGCGUCUUCGAAAGGCGCCCGUGGUCCAGUCGCACUUCCAGUCACCACUGCCGGCAUACAUCCAGCCUGUCCCCUCCCAUAUCGGCGAUGACGAGCUCACAUACCUGCGCGCAAAGGGCGCACUGCGUUUGCACAGCCCAGCCGUCCGCGACAAGCUAUGGCGAAGCUAUUUCGAGCUGGUGCAUCCCUCUCUGCCUGUCCUAGACCGCGCAGCAACGGUCGCAUCAUUAAAGGCCACAGCGGGGUCGGCCAAGAUCAGUCUACUGCUCUUUCACUGCGUCAUGCUGAGUUCCCGACUGUUCCUUGAUGCCCACGAGGGCCGACAUACCAAGCCAGCUUCUCUUCGUGCCAUGUUCGACCGCGUCCGGGUGCUAUUCGAUAUGGGGUACGAAACUGAUAGGACCGUAUUGAUUCAGUGUCUGCUUUUGAUGUCGCUAUACCCGCAGCCAAUCGACAGUCCGAAGAGCUCGCUCAAUCUUAUAGCACAGGCCGUUUCCCACGCAUAUGUGCUAGGAUUGCAUCGAAACCCGGCGCGAUUCUCAGAAGAUGCGUAUGAACGAAGUCGGCGCAAGCAGCUAUGGUGGAGUCUGUAUAUUCGCGAGCGGAUGGUUCUGCUUGACCACGGUUCUCCCUGGAUUAUCAACGACCGAGACCUCGAUGUGCCGAUGUUGACACUAGAUGACUUCGCCCUUGACCCCUUGGGUAGUGAUAUGAACACGAAAGACAUAUUUACACCAGAGCACAAUGCCAGUUACCACCGGAAGCUGGCGCUUAUGCUCAUCGAACGGUCGAAACUAGCGGUCAUUAUUGGGAAUCUCGCUCCAAUAUCAACAAACAUCACAGACAAGCGCGACCAGCCCUGGCCCUCUAUCCAUCCAGGAGUCUCGGACUCCGCGGAGGUACUCAAAGCUGGUCAACUGCUAGACAAAUGGGUGGCCAGCCUGCCCAUGGAAAUCGCCUGCCUACAACCGAACAGCUAUGCUGAAGGCCAGAGGGACACGAACAGCCUGCUCUCGGUGCAUAUCACCUCCCUAAUGCUUCUCUACCACAUCGCCUCAAACCACUGGGCCGUGCUCCGCUGGUUCCAAGUCUCCUCCCCUACCCUAGAUGUAUCCGAAUACUCCAUCAAGUCCCUCUGGACGACUACCUGGCCCAUAAUACACUUAAUCGACAAUCCGCCCGCGCAGCAGCCAUUCGCGCAUAUCCAGCUGCUUGCCCCAUCCCUCGUUCGGCCGUUGCUUCUGUGCGCCAUGCUGAAUCGGAGUACCCCGUUCUGGCUACGAUUAUCAUCUGAUACGGGGUAUAUACCCUCGCUGUUUGAAAGAAUCGGCGAUACGGACCCAUACUUCAAACAGGCAGUUGACUACGCGCGCAAUAGCUCAGGACAAACUCUGACUCCGGCUCAGACCCAGACCCCAUUAACACCAGCGUCGCGUAGUUCGGGCGGAGAUGAAAAGCUUGAGCUCGAUACUAGCACUCUGAGCCCGGAUACAGGUGUCGAUAUGUUUGGGGAUAUGCUUAACUUUUACCCGUCUGAUAUUGAUAUCGCGGGGCUGGAGGUGCCGUUUACGGAUGAGGUGCCCUUGGCUGAUGAGAUGUUCCUUGCACUGGAGGCGGGAAUAGUAGCAUGAAUACUAUGUGGAACGUGGC